AUGAGGUAUACCUCGCUGCUGGCCCUCGGCCUAGCUGGUCUGGCUCUAGCCAAAGAUGGUACAACCACCGAGACCACCGAGUCCAACACCAACACCGAUUUCUCCUCCACCAUCACUGGUUCUUCCACCUCUUACAACUGGUCCGAUGCUUCCACCAUCACCAACGCCUCAGCUCAAGUUCCCACUGGUACCUAUCUGACCUACACCUCCGUCAUUACCCUCGGUAAUGGCGACCACAAGACCGUGGUCUCCUCUUCACUCAAUGCCAGUGCCACCGCGACGGGCAACCAGACCCUUCUCCACACUUCGACCUCAGACUCCGUCACGGUGCUGGUUGGCGGUGGUGGGACAACCACCCUGGGCAACAAUAGCAUGAACGCGACUCAGACACAUUCUUCCACCAGUUCGAUCCCGACUGAGACCAACACCACCCCUUGCAAUGGGUACAGCGAGUUCUGCAUGCGCAACUACUCCAACAUCACCAAUGUCGCCGCUCAUAACAGCCCGUUCGUGGUUCCCGGCAACGCUGCCUCCAACCAGGCUCUCAAGGUGACCGACCAGUUGAACGACGGCAUUCGCAUGCGUAUGUCUCUUCCCUAUCCGCUGCGACUCAAUUGA